AGACAGAGAGACAGACAGACAGAGAGGUGUAGCAAAAACAGGUGUAUCCCAAACAGGUAAAGCUGCACCUUCUUUUUCUUUCUAAAGGGCAAACAUGAUGGCGUGUGCUUGACAAACCAACACCUAACCAAACUGAGAGGAUUUACAUUUUUCACAAGGACUGGGUUUAUACAACUUCUAAAGGGAUCUUUUCCUGGAGAAAAAAACACUAAGGAUGAUCCGGCAGCAUGAGGCAUGAAUCCACCUCAGUUCUUCAUGCAUGACUGUCAUUUAGGAUCCUGAUGAGCUUUAUUCCAGCGGUGAAAUCGUCCCAACUUGUGCACAGUUAACAAUAACUGCCGAGGAGAAUGACAUCUCUGCUGAACACACUCUCUCUGUGUCUCUGUGUCCUCUGGAUAUUUGUUACAGUGAUACAAGGAGACUUUGUGAAUCUCCCUACGAAUGAUCCCAUACACUCCUUGGCAGAAGAGGAGACUGUCCUGCUCUGUCAUUACAAGCCAACUGGAGACAAUGUGGUGGUGCAGGUCACCUGGUAUAAGGAGAAACCUGAUGGCAACAAGGACCAGAUCAUCACUGCACACCAUACGAAUGGACAGACAGCGUUUGGGACGUGGUCUCGACGUGUGCGUUUUAAAAGCAGCGACCCCACAGUGGACUCGUCUCUGGUUAUCAUGAGCACAGAGGUCUCUGAUGAGGGAAAAUACAUCUGUCACAUCAGCACCUUCCCCUCAGGCAACUUUGACAGAGAGAUGUCCGUCAUCGUGUGGACUAUUCCUAUUUCCUCCCUUGACCCCGUUAUUCUGGUGGAGGGACAAUCCUACCGGCAGGCCGCUUCCUGCCGCUCUGUGGCCCGGCCACCUCCCCGCCUCUCCUGGGACACCGACCUGAAUGGCCAGUCCAUCAAUCGCUCCUCCGACAACGGGGCAGUCUCCUCGCACUACUCCCUGCACCCCCUGAGGGGCAUGAAUGGCAAGAAGCUGGACUGUCUGGUGUGGCAUCCGACUUUAAAGGCCCCGCGCAGGAUCACAAACAACCUGGUGGUGCACUACCCUCCACAUGCAGAGGUAUCCAGCCACAAUGGAGACUGGUUUGUAGGUUUGGAGAAUGCUGCCCUGAGGUGCGUGAGUGGAGGAAACCCCAAACCACAGAGUUUCACCUGGAUCAGAAUGGGUGGAGAGUUACCAGAGGGUGUGAUCCCCCACCCUAAUGGAACACUAACUUUUGGGCGACCCCUAAGCUUGUCAGACGGAGGCACCUACCAAUGUGUGGCGAAGAAUGACGUGGGAGUAGGAAAGGCGGAGGUGGAGAUUACUGUGAAAGAAACUCCUGGACAGAGCACACAGAUGGAAAACAUGCUGAUGAUCAUCGUCGGGGGCGUGGCUGGCGGCCUGCUGAUCUUGAUGCUCAUUAUCAUCAUCACCGUCACUUGCCACCACAAACGCAAGAACAAGAAACUGGAGAGGGAGCUGACUGAGCGGAAGGAGGAAAUCAACACUCUCUCCAGGCAAGCUUCUUUCAGGAGAGUGAACUCUGUCAGCACAGAUGCCAGAGGAGCGACAGAGGAAAGCAUCCCUCUGAGGGUGGAGGGGACCAUAAGGACCAGCCUGUCUUCCCUCGGGGAUCAGGCUCACUGCCGUGAUAGCCGAUCUACUAUCUCAGGUGGGCGUGGAGGAGGAGUGGGAGCAUAUGACUACCUGGGCAGACCAGUGCUGCACAACAACUCACGAAGGGGAAGAGACAGGCUACUGGAUAGAGACGAGGAGAACCGACUAAGAGUGGAGACAUAUGUGAGAAACAGCAGUAUAUGUUUGCAGGAAACUCGUUUCCACCCUCCUCUCACUCCAUUCCCAAUGGUACAGUCCACUGAGAUUGUAAGACAGCUAAACGGCAGUGCCAUUACCCCAGCAGAUGGUGGAUCACGGCCAGAAAGUGUCACUAAGAAUCAUCAGCACCCUACUAUAAGCUGCAACUACCCAGCAGUAACAGAUGAUGAGGAUGAAGUGGAUGAAGGUCUAGGGGGUCCUGCCAGCCAGGAGCAUCCUGACGACCAAGACAGCGAGACUAACUCCCAGGUGUCCGAGGCUCACAGUGCACGACGCUAUCAACAGACUAAUGGCACACUCAGACCAAAACCCAGACCAAGCCCCACUGUGGUCAGUCCACAUGCCUCACUGAUCCACAAGGCCCAGAUAGUCUAGGUGGCAGCUGGAAAAUAACAUGAAACUACAAGGCCAGCCAGCUCUGGUCUUGGAGGUGGUUCAAAUGUGGACACACCGGAGGUUUGGCCACAACCUAGAAAAGCAUUUGUUUUGGUCAAUAAUCAAAAAUCUACACCUUGACUUUAACGUUGCAUCUUCUUUAUUGUGUGGGAACAUGGUGCAAUAGAACAAAGUCAACAGAAUCUACUCCAAAACAUCUACUGGACACUACUCUGCCUGAUGUUUGGUGAUGUGUGUUGUGUAUUCCCCUGGAUUACAGACACAAACAAAAGACAAUGUCGCAAUAUUUCCAGUGCAGAUACUACAGUGUUAAAUUGCAGACGAUAUUCCUUGCUCAUCUUUCGCAAAUGCAGUUGACAUACCUUUUGUGGGGGGGAUGUUGAAAGCACUCAAGAACAUGUACAGUGGGAAAUCAGGAAAUGCACAGGAGGAAGAGGAAGAUGUAGGAAUGUUGGUAUAUCAGAAAGGUAGAUUGCAACACAUCUCUACUAAAAAUUUUGCUUUAGUGGUAUUCGGUGUAUCAGUAACUACGCCUGUGUUAAGUUCUCUUACACAACAUGGUUUGGGAUCUGAUUCAAACCAUGGGCUAGUUCCAGUUUGGCCACACCUGCAACAUGCAUACCUCCAUAUUGUCUUUCUGUCCUCAUGCCUUUGCCUGAAGCAAUGCGACAGUUUGUAUCAGAUAAAGACUUCAUACAUGACUAGUGAUGUUUAGACAUAGUGAGUUGGCAAUCUGUAAAUGUGUACAAAAGAUUCACCUUCUUAAAAAACAAUAUACCAAUACCAACAAAUAUCUGUUAUAUAGUUCCCGUAUGUUCCCUUUUCCCUACUAACCUCACAUCCACACCUACAUUCAUCCACCUACGGAGUAGCAGUGGAUAAUUAAUCAGUACAGUAUAUGUUGCUCCUAUGUUGCGAGGAUACAUAUAUUUUGUGUACCUUAAUGUAUGCACAUACAUAGACAGUGGAUAAAAGCUGGAAAAGCUGACAAAGUUUUGUAAUAUAUAUUUUAGUUUCUUACCUGUUUUUGUUCUUUGUUUGUUUUUGUUGUAUUACAUGUUGCUAUAUAACUUGAAAUGGUUACUUUUGUGAACAUAUCUGGACACUUACACUAGAGAAAGUAUAGACAGAAAGUCUGUGGGCAUACUGUGUCUGUGCAUUGUUUCUUCUGCCUGUUGGAUUUUUCCAUCAUCCAAAACAAGUAGAUGUCCCAGAGGAAUUUAACACAAACUGUUAACAGAUUUUUAAUCUUGGCGUAGCGACACCAGGCAUGUAUUGUUUUAUCUCUGGAUCAUUUAUUAAUUUAGUUAUUUUCAUCUCCUUGUUUAUAUGUGUUCUUAGUAUUGUUGGAAUGUGUUACAGCCCUGAUGUGGGAAGCAAUGUGCCAAAGGGAAAAUAUAAAAUUACAUUUGCUUUUUUGGCAAAUAUGAAGUAUUAUUUUCAUCUUGUUCUCUGAUACCUUCUGUAAAUGUUUUUUGACAGAUUUUGUUCCAACACACAAAAGACAUUUGAAUUACAAAUGUUGAUUUAAAUAAUGCUGGGACAGCUUGUGGCAAAGGCAGUGUUCCACAUAUUAUUUGCCGGUGCCUAACAGGUAAGAGCAGUUGAAUGGUCUUAUGUUUGAAUGUAGGUUGUAUUUGUUGCAGACAGUGCCCCCUGAUGUGUACUGCUGGAAAGUGCAAGGACCUGAAUGAGCCUACAAACUGAAAUACUAUGAAAGACUCCACUGCGACUUUGGAAAAUAAUCUUCCUGGUUACAUGACUGGAUUUAUUUUGAGGGCUCUGUAUGGGUAUCAGCUUGUAUUGAUGGGUUGAAAUAAAUGUGCAUGUUUUUUCUAAAUGUACACCAAAACACAAGCUUUUGGGUAAAAAGUAUUGUCUGGGUCAUAAAUAUUGGGGAUUUGCUCUGAUAAUUUAUGAUUUGAUAGGAAAAUUCUGUUGAGAUUCAGGUGGAAAUUCUUUACAGGGGUUAGGAGGAUAGUUCAGGAUUUUUUAAGUGGGGUUGUUUGAGGCACUGAAGUAUCGUGCAUUACCUUCAGAAGACAGCGGUCGGCAUGCUCUCCGUUGGAGAA